AUGGCUACAGCAACAUUUUCCCCAGGGAAAUUCCAAGUAGCUGGUGAUAUGGUCUUUAGACAAGGCCCCGAUGGUUUAGUGGGUUUGACUUGUUUCUUCAUUACCGGCAUUAACCCUGAGUAUUAUUACGAGUACGUUAUUGUCAAUAAAUGCGGCGCUCGUCUCUACGAUUUGACACCAAAUUUAUAUUUUGAAUAUCGAACUGGCGGCGGAAUAUUACCAUACUCAACAAAACUUUAUAAAUUCAACCUCGAUUGUAAACCCGAUCCCGAUUCCGAUUGUAGUAUACCCGAUGGUGUACUUCGCGCAGAAUGUGACGAAGGAAAAGGAGCGGAUCUCCAAAUUUACCAAGAUGGUAUCCCUUAUGCUCUUGCUCCAAUUUCUUAA